UCUACCAGACGAAAUAGAUGACAGGAAAACAAGAUGGUUAAUAGUGGGUAUCUGUCUUCAUACAAUCAUAUCUCCAGUACUGAGGAAAUAUGUUGUUCCCGUUGUUACGAGGCUGUUUUUUUCUCUAAUAAGUCGGAACAAAAUUCAUAAGCAAACUUAUGGAAGUCAUCUAAAGAUAUUUGAUCUGACCAACACAGAACUGAAUUAUGAAGCAAUUAAUAAAAACAAAACUAAAUAUGGAAGUGAUAGGGCUCUUUAUGAUUAUAGAGUCAUGAGUCCUGUGGAUUUAUCCCGAUUAUUCCUUCAGACUCAUAUGGCACAUUUCACAGCAUUUGAUAACUCGUGUGAUUCAUCUGCCCUACUUGGAAUCAUUGUUAACAUUGGCAAAUUUCCAGCAGUUGUAGAGUCUGAUGCUAGAAAGAUACGAUCAGAUGUACAGAAUCCCUGGACACAUUGGGAUUUUACAGAAUGGACUUCUAUAAGAUAUAGAGAUUCAUUCCAGUCGAUGAGACAUCUUAUUAGCAACCUCAGGCUGAGUAACAGAGAGGAAAACAAAAUCCAAUGUGAUCUACAUAGCUGGGCAGGAAAAGGAGAUUAUUUUGUGAGAGGAAUAAAACUUGAUUAUGAGGUGGUAAAGGAAAUCAGUCAACAGACGCACGUUCUCAGCGAAUAUGUACAAACUUUGUGUACAAAAACAGAAAGUCAAUUUAUCACCAAAUUGCAAAUCAAAUUAAAGGAUUUAGAAAACGACCUACAGGAAAGUAUAACUACAGAGCAUGGGAAAGAAAUAACUCAACAUGAUCAAGAAAUAAGUGAAUGGGAGCAAGAUCAAACUACCUUUGUUAAAAUCAGAGCAACACGUCACAUUCUGAAAUAUCUACCCUUGAAUAACUGUAUUGUUGUGAUAGGAAGCUCAGGUUGUGGCAAAUCGUCAAAUAUACACCAUGCUGCCUUACACUUACGUGACAGAUAUGAAUAUGAGAUAGUACCUGUGUUAACAGGACCAACAGACAUUAUAAACUAUUAUAAUGAAAACAAAAAUCAAGCCUUUGUUGUUGAUGACAUCUGUGGAAAAGAAACAAUCAACAUGCAGGCAUUACAGAUGUGGAGAGAUUAUUCAACAAAAAUAGAGAAAAUUUUUGAAAUGGCAGAAAAAGGUGUAAAGAAUAAAACUGAUGCCAUUGUCUCAAAAGUAUCAGGUCCAAAAUUAAUUGUUUCCUGUAGACCGCAUAUAUAUAAGGAAUCACAGUUGCAACUUUUCACAUGGUUAUCAAGAAUGGAAUGCAAUUUAUCAUCAGAAAAGUGGGGUCUGCUAAAAGAUGAAAAAAUGUUUAUUGCAAAUAUGUACUUUUCAAAUGACAUAACUGACAAAAUAAAUGUCACACAAGUCAUGGAGGAAGUGGAUUUUUUUCCAUUGUUCUGUAAGUGUUCAGAAUACAAAUCAUCUGAGGAAGUCAUCAAACCAUUUACAGCUCAAGUGGACACUAUUACAAAGAAUGUAUACCACAUUGUUCAUACACAUAAAGAACAGUUCUGUGCUCUUGUUCUGUGUAUCCUUUUCGAAAAUGGAUUCAAUAUAGAUUGGCUGGAAUUAUAUUUAGCUUCUCAGAAUAUGGAAUUAUAUUUAGCUUCUCAGAAUAUGAAGGACAAACUUAGAGACAUUUUAAAAGAAUUUGACAUAGACUUCAGCAAAGAAAUGUACAGAAAAUCAUUAAGAUUUGGUUUUUCAUCCUUGAAUGGUACCUUUUUAAAACGAAGAGGUACACAUUAUAAAAUGAUACAUGAAAAAAUGCACCAAUUGGCAGCUGUUAUCUGUGGACAGCAUCUUACUGAAUGUUUUAUCAAAUAUGCUCCUAUUAUAUUUAUACGUGACCAAUUUAUAUUUGAAUCUAUUUCGAAAGGAAAGGCAAGUGAUUAUCUGAUAUUACUAUCAGAGGACAAAGAAGAAAAUUAUUUUGAAAGAUUGCUAAAGGACUUAAAAGAGUAUGUCAUUACAAGUACAUUCCAUAAUAAACAGUUAACAUACCAGUCAUUCAUUCAUAAGUUAAUAGGCUUUUUUGGAAGAAAUAAUAAAGCAAUAACAUUACUAAGGACAUUGGAUACUGAAGGUUGCGAAACAAAAGGAGUUGAUUAUUAUGAAACAUUUCGCACGACACCUUUGAUAGAAUCAGCAUCUGGUGGUUACUCUGAUAUAGUUCACUUUCUGAUUGCUAUCAUUAAAAGUAAUGUGGAAAACGAAGAUGGGAGAGGCAGAACAUCUUUAUAUAGAGCUGCCGAAGGCGGGAACAUUAAUGUUGUAAAACUGUUACUAGAGAAGAAUGCUGAUGUGUUACAUUGUAAUUAUGACAAAGAAUCCCCAUUGUAUGUGGCUUGUAAAGGAGGACAUCAAACAACAGUGGAACUGUUUCUGCAAAACGAUGCUAAUGUCUUGCAGUGUGAUAACGACGAAAAGUCGCCUUUGUAUGUAGCCUGUGAAGGAGGACACAAAGAUAUAGUCGAAAUGUUGCUUAAUUAUAAGGUUGAUAUAUUUAAGUGUAAUUACGAAGAAAGGUCGCCAUUGUUUGUGGCAUGUGUAGGAGGACGUAUAGAUAUAGUUGAACUGUUACUGCAGAACAAUGCUGAUAUCUCUAAAUGUAAUAACGAAGAAAAGUCGCCAUUGUAUGUUGCCUGUGAAAAAGGACAUGCAAAUAUUGUGGAACUGUUACUGCAGAACAAUGCUGAUAUCUCUAAGUGUAAUAACGAGGAAAAGUCGCCAUUGUAUGUUGCCUGUGAAGGAGGACAUGCAGAUAUUGUGGAACUGUUACUGCAGAACAAUGCUGAUGUCUCAAAGUGUAAUUACGAGGAAAAGUCACCAUUGUAUGUGGCAUGUGAAGGAGGACAUAGACUUAUAGUUGAACUGUUACUGCAGCAGAACAAAGUUGAUAUCUCUAAGAGUAAUUACGAGGAAAGGUCGCCAUUGUUUGUGGCAUGUGAAGGAGGACAUACAAUUAUAGUAGAACUGUUACUGCAGAACAAUGCUGAUAUCUCUAAGUGUAAUUACGAGGAAAAGUCGCCAUUGUUUGUGGCCUGUGAAGGUGGACAUAAAGAUAUAGUGAAACUGCUACUGCAGAACAAUGCUGAUAUAUCUAAAUGUGAUGACCAGAAAAAGUCGCCAUUACAUAUGACCUGUGAAGGAGGACAUACAUAUAUAGUGGAACUGUUAUUGCAAAAAAAUGCUGAUGUCUCGCAGUCUGACGAUGAGGAAAAAUUAUCAUUGUUUGCGGCAUGUGAAGGAGGACACAUAGAUAUAGUAAAAUUGCUGCUACAUUAUAAGGCUGAUAUUUCAAGGUGGAAUUACGAGGAAAAGUCGCCUUUGUUUGUGGCCUGUGAAGGAGGACAUACCGAUAUACUUGAACUGUUGUUGCAGAAUAAUGCCGAUAUCUCUAAGAGUAAUUACGAGGAAAAGUCGCCAUUGUAUGUUGCCUGUGAAAAAGGACAUGCAGAUAUUGUUGAACUGUUACUGCAGAACAAUGCUGAUAUCUCUAAGAGUAAUUACAAGGAGAAGUCGCCAUUAUAUGUGGCCUGUGAAGCCGGGUAUACAUAUAUAGUGAAACUGUUACUUCAGAACAAUGCUGAUGUAUAUGCAUGUGACUACGAGAAAAAGUUGUCAAUGUAUGUGGCCUGUGAAAGAGGACAUAUAAAUAUAGUGAAACUGUUACUGCAAAACACUGUUGAUGUCUCUAUGUAUUGUGACAGGUGGAGCCGGAGGUCGCUAUUGUAUGUGGCCUCUGAAAGCGGACAUCAAAAUAUAGUGGCACUAUUAAUACAGAACGAUUUUGACAAGUAUGUACAACACUGAAAGCUGAUGUUGAGAUGCAACUUGCUUCUUUUGAACUGGAUAACUCUUUUCGAAAUGAGAAGUAAUAUUUGCGAUAUUUUGAAACUGACCAGCUAAUGCUUGCUACGAAUCUAGAAGAUAGAUUGUGUAAUAAAAAACGUCAGUCAACACUUGAUAUUGCCCCUAAGGCACAGUGGAUGGAAAUUUAUCAUAUUUCGAGUCAAAUUUCCAAUUUUGAUAACAGCUUAGAGUUGUGACUAAAACAAGUUAUUUUAUCUGUAUUGUUAACUUCAUUAGAAAAAAGUGUCUGUAUGUUAUUCGUUUAUGAAACAUGUCAGUAUAUAUAUAUAUAUAUAUAUAUGAAAUUGAUGCAAUUAAAUAUGAGUAUGAAUAAAGAGUGUAAAAAACAGUUCUGUAUAUGUAUAAAGUGUAUGCUUUUUAGCUAGUGUGUGCAUGGAGUAAAUGCAUUUGUCAGUAGUGUUUAGAGUGUGUGUAAUUGGUCAGUGUAUUUAAUCUGUAUGUUUUUCUUUUUUGGUGUUAUACCCUUUUAUCUGCUUUUUUUGUAUAAUAUACUUUUUAUUACAGAAAUUUAUAAUCGAAUGUUGGACUUUAUCACACAACGGAACAGAUGGAAAACAAAUGUCAUAUUCCCAUCUUGGUACAGGCAUUCUAUGACAAAAAUGGUGGGUUAAACUUGUUUUUGAAGCUAGCUAAACCUCCCACUUGUAUGACUGUCAUUGACAGUUAAAAGUUGUUCAUAAAUCCGUUAUGUUAAUAAAGUUGGGUUAGCGAUCUAAACAGACACGAUAGGUAAAUGUGACAAUAAUUGGGAUUCAGAAGCUACAACUAUGCAAACAUACAUCCGACAUAUAACUCAGAUGACUUUAAAAUGUAAACAAAAAUAAAGAUAUAUCUAGGAGACGUCAGCAAAAUAAUUUUAGUAGUUGUUUAACAAUUUGACAAAAGAUGAUGCUCACGUUGUAUGAUCAUGCUUUAGAUUUUGGUUUGCUUUAACGGGUCGAUUGGCUGGCAAAAUAUACGACAAGGUCAAACUCGUGCACUGAUAAAUCAAUUUUAGCCUACAAUAUGAAAAAGCCUAAAUUGCACCAUCAUAAUGUCGGUUUCAUGUACGAAAAUUUUCUUGGGUCAAAACUGGUGGAUUCACCCUUGAUUGAAUUAUGAGAUUUAUCAUAUACUUAUAUGGUUGCUUAUAAAACAAAGACUUUGUCCGUUAUCAUAGAUGUUUCAAAAUUGAUCAUAAAGAUUUAUAGUUGUACAGUGUUUAUUAUAAUUGUUGAAUAUAAUUAGAUAACCCUUAAUCUUAUUUUUGUGUGUUUCAAUGAUUUAGAUAUAGAUUAGAACUUAUUGUUACCUAUUUUUUUAUUCAUUGCCUUGUUUAUCCUUGAUUUUGUUGGAAAAUUGUUCAUAUUCUAGAAAGAAAAAAAAAUACUUUGCACUUACUUUUCUGGGAAAACAUUUCACUUAUUGCAUUUGUAGUUAAUCAUGUUAUUUAACCCAAUUAUUGUUUUUUUAAUUUUUAAUCUGAUAUUUUAUAGAAACAUUAUACAUGUAUAUAAUCAAGUUUAAUGUCACAAUUGAUAUGAAAUAAUAUGUGUGUGCAUGUUGGCAUUUUCCCCUAAGUUAGGAUGGCUGAUGGAUCUAUUUCGGAUCUUUGAAAUACUUAUGUGGCUUCUCUGAUAACACAGUGUCAUUAUGAAGUUACAAAUGAAUUGUUAUAAUUAAAAAUACAAGGAUUUUUUCCCUGCAGAGAACGUGGUGAUCUCUCAGUAUGAUAGAUUUGAAUUAUCACCACCAUUCUCAUUAGGAUAGUCGCAUACUAAUAUUUCCCACACCUUCAAAAGAAGGAACUUUCUACAUCCUUUCCAACCAGACAUUAAAGGACAUAUGACCGACCAUGUUUGUAUACCACAGUAAACCUUUAAGAUAUUACCCAAAGAACAAUAAUUGAUAAUUUAUCUUGUGAUAUGUAUCUUUGAUAAUUUGAUUAAUUACACUGUCUUAUAUUAAUUGAUGGCCAUGAUUUCUUCUUAUACACUGUCUUAUCUUAUGGUGGAUGCAUCCUUUUAAGUUGGUAUCAAUUUUCAUGAAGUCAAUAAAUAUUUCGUGGUGUGGUCGAAACCUGCAUACAACUCUAUAGAAAAUGAUUACUUUCUUAAACAUUUAAAUUCGUGUUCAUUGUCAUGAUUUCUACUAAUACAUUGAUUGAUAUAACUUAUUUAGAUUCAAAGUAAAACUCUAGUACAGCUAAAUCAUUAUCUUGAAAUUGAUCCAUUUGGCGACAAUAUUGGGUUCAUUUAAGACGCAAGUCAAAUGUUUAACACUUGUAAAUAUUGUUAAAUACCAAUACUUAAGGAUGACAAUUGAAAGCAUUUAUGUGAACACUGUAUUCAUGACAAAGAAUUGUAUAAUUCUACUGUCUCAUUAGCAAUCAUACCACAUCUUCUGAUUUUUAUAUAAUAAAACAAUGCAAACGGGGAGUGUGUCAAAGAGACAACAACCCGACAAAAGAGCAGAAAACAGCCAAAUGCCACCCAGGGGUCUUUAACACAGUGACAAAAGAGAGAGAAAAAAUUAUGUAAUAUUUCUGCUAUGGUAUUCAAAUGAGAGGCGGAGGGUACUGAACAUGCUGAAGGGAUAUUUAAACUUAUUAGUCAAAGUCAAACUGAUAACGCCAUGACAAAAAUGAAAGACGAAAGUUACAGAACAAUAACAGUCUUCAAAGCACAGAAUAACAAAAAUUUACUUAUCUUUUUUCAGCAUCUGGAACCAUUACCAAAAAGAACUCUGCAAUAACCCGAGAAUGGUUCCAGAUGCUGAAAAAAGAUAAGCAGAUCCCGCUUCACAUGUGGCACCAUUCGUGUGGCUCAUGUUAUUACAAAAUAGGCACAUUCGAGGUAUUCAUAUAAUUGAAUGAAAAAGCCUUAAUUGCACUGACAUAUUGGUGUACGAAUCUUCCUAAUUUUGUAUAGAUAAAAUAAAAUUGUGUUUGCAGUCUUUCAAUUUCUCCAAAAUGUAUAUUUCAAACUAAAUUUUAAAUAAAAAAGUUAAGUCACGAGUAUACCCGUUUGGCAAUUUUAAACUUAAAAUUUGGCCGCUCGUCUAGCAGUAUAAAAUGAUAACAAUCGAACUAAGUAAAGGCCUAAACUGGUGGAUAUACCAUUGAUAUCAUUAUAAGAUGUAUUAUGUACAUAUAUUCAUGCUAAGUUAACAUUCAUUGUAUUUUUUUUUUUUUUUUUUUCAACAUUGAUCGCCUCAAAUCUUAGUUCUGAUGUGUAAUAAUGAGUUAGAUUUAGUAUUUUUAUUAUUAAUACUUUUAUGAUAAUACUAGCAUAGAUGGUGGAGGGAAUUAUUGAAUAAAUAUAUAACUAUA